ACCAAUAGGAGAGGAGGAAUGGCCGGAGAGCUCGACAACGCAGCGCCGGUGGGUCAACAAUUUCGAGCUCUUCUCCACAAAAGAGAUUGGCCGCCGCAGGAGACGGGGAAUCAUCACGCGGAACUUUCGCUGCAUGAAGACGACGUUGAUUGGGAAUGCAGGCCGUCGGCGUCCUUUUCCCUUCUGAUCUCUCUCUCUCUCCGUGGGAGAAACCUUGACUGCAGAGUCUCCAUCCCUGUAAGGACGUGUAUCUGAAGUCAUAGGGCACAGGUAGCGAGCUUUCCACGAGAGAGGGAGGGUUGACUGAGAUGUUCUGGCAAAGGGUUCAUUCCAUCUGAUUGGUGCCCGUCAACUCCCAUUCUCUCUCUCUCUCUCUCUCUCUCUCACACAGACGCUGCCCUACCAUCCCAUUCUCGUCGCUUUCCCAUAUCUCAGAUCUACACCGCUCUUUUGCAGAUCUGAGACCAAAAAAUAUCCGGCAGGAAAACCACGGAGUUUCUUUCCUUCUCUCUGUAUUCUCCCUCCCCCUCCGAGGAGGACAAAGAAGGGAGAGAAGCAUGACUAUGGGGGAGACAAUAGGGAGGCCAACAAUGGGUUAUCCCCAUGGCCGAUACGAGCGGGUGACGGCUUCGGGCAGUGAGGACCACCGGAGCCCCGUGGAGGAAAGGAGCAGCACCAGCAGCAGCAGGAAAUGUUGGCGUGAUGAGUGGAGCAAUCCUUUUCAUACAAGAAGAUCUGAAGAUUACGGAGGUACAGGAGGAGGUCCUGGUUGGGUGCUUGAGCAUUGUCUCUCUACUUGGAAGCCUCGCCGGCGGCAGAACAUCAGAUGCCAUCGGCCGGAAGUGGACAAUGGGCCUCGCCGCCAUUGUCUUCCAGUCAGGGGCAGCCCUCAUGGCUCUUGCUCCCUCCUUCGGCCUUCUCAUGGCGGGCAGGCUCUUGGCUGGGAUUGGCAUUGGCUUCGGCGUCAUGAUCGCUCCCGUAUACAUUGCAGAGAUAUCUCCCGCCAUUACCAGAGGGGCACUCACCUCCUUCCCUGAGAUCUUCAUAAAUCUGGGAAUUCUCCUCGGUUACGUCUCCAAUUAUUGCUUCUCUAGUCUGCCUGCCCACUUGAGCUGGAGGGUUAUGCUCGCUGUCGGCAUCCUCCCCUCCGUGUUCAUCGCAGCUGCAUUGUUCAUAAUCCCCGAGUCCCCUCGAUGGUUAGUUAUGCAAGGUCGCUCUGAAGAAGCGAAAUGGGUGUUGACAAGGAUCACGGAGAGGGAGGAGGAAGUGGAAGAGAGGUUGGCGGAGAUUAAGAAAGCUGCAGAAGCUGGCUGUGCCGACGGCAAGGAUCAGGAUAAGGCCAUCUGGGCCGAGCUACUGAGGCCUUCCCUUCCCCUGCGCCGGAUGCUGAUCACGGGACUUGGGAUCCAGAGCUUUCAGCAGAUCACCGGCAUCGAUGCGACCGUCUACUACAGCCCCACCAUCUUCAAAGCCGCAGGCAUAACCGGAAACAAAGCACUCAUCGGUGCAACUGUUGCUGUCGGCUUCACAAAGACUAUGUUCAUCUUGGUGGCCAUUUGCCUCAUCGACAGGGUAGGGAGAAAGCCGCUGCUGUAUGUCAGCACAAUCGGCAUGACCACUUGCCUUUUCUGUCUGGGCCUUACGUUGACGUUCAUGGGCAGCGGCCAUGAACCUAAAGGAGGAGGAGCUGUUGGUAUUGCCAUAGCCGUCUUGGCCGUCUGCGGAAACGUCGCCUUCUUCUCUGUGGGCAUUGGACCAGUCUGCUGGGUCCUGACUUCUGAGAUCUUCCCUCUGAGGCUCCGAGCACAAGCGGCGGCACUUGGUGCCGUAGGAAACAGAGUAUGCAGUGGCUUGGUAGCCAUGUCCUUCCUCUCCGUCUCUCGUAUCAUCUCUGUAGGUGGUACCUUCUUCGCCUUCUCUGUGAUCUCGGCCUUGUCUGUCGUGUUCGUCUAUACUUGUGUUCCAGAGACGAAAGGGAAAACUCUGGAACAGAUCGAAAUGCUUUUCCAACACGGGGAUAGAGAGUGGCAAAAAGUUGAAAUUGAGCUCGGUGAUGCUGAGCACUUGGUUGAGAAAUAAUGAUGAGUAACAGCUGAGGAAGAUCCUGCAACAAGAGUUAAAGUAGGGCCUCGAAUACCUGCCUACUGGUUAGAGCAUCUUCUGGGGUUCUACAGGCGAUUCACCCCCCUGUACUUUUAGCUACAGGGGUUCUUCACCUGGAGAUGACCUUCUUUUUUGUGAAAUGCCCAUCAUCACAUCUGGGUUGCAAAUUUGCAUUUCCCAAUAUAAUCUAGUUAGGGAAGUAUAGAUCAAUAUUGUUUAUGAAUGCAAGUUUGAUCCAUGCACUGUAGAAAAACAUUUUUUAAGAAACAUGCCCACUUCAGCUUUCUUGUGUCAUAGUGGGAGGAAAAAAAAAGAAUAUUAAUGAAACAUGAAUAAACAUGUUAGAGGCACCUUAUGCUCUCUCUUUUCCUUUUAUAUUUAAGUUGGCUCAUUCACUGUGAGUAUUCUUUAAUUUGAUGUUCAAUAGAAAUGUUUACUGGUAUGUAUCAAUA